AAGCUUGCAGAUUGGAAUUGCUCUUUUUUCGCGGACACACGGAUGAGUAGAGUACUUAAAGGGAGUCGCCGGUCGGAGCGAGCACCUUUCGAGCACUCCACGAUAUCCCGCGUCGCCGAUGAAGAUUGGGCCGCAAAACCUAUUAUUUCAAGGGAUCCAACGCUUCAUCUCAGUAAAACUCCCUCGCUGAUCCGUAGCGAUAAGCGAUUGGAAAAUUCGGAGAUUAGAUGUAGCAGCGCACCUCAGUGUGUAUCUCGCUUUUAUUCAGAGAAGACUUGUAGGAGAGGCGAUCACAUCUCUUCUCUACAGUGGAGUCGCUGGUAGCUUGGACUUGGGUGUGAGGAGGUCUGUGGACGGAGAGUGUUAUAUCGCAUUCUAUUGUUGUCCUUGCCUCUGGUUAUCAUCUUGUCUCGGAAGUAGUACAAGAGGUUGGAGAAGCACAACAACUUACACUCGAGUGUUGGAUAUCCUCAUUACUUGGUGCAAAGGCUACAACUCGCAUUGCGACUCCGCAUUGGCUGUUAUCCUCUUAGUUAGUUUCACGCAACACAACACACAACACACUGCUGUAGUUAUCCAAAAGGACGAAGCAAAUCAAAAGUAUCUCAAAAAUUUCAGUCAUCAUUAGGAACGAUUGUCUGAUACCCGAUACUAGCCUACACAAAUUGAAAGGAAGUGAUCUUCUCGAAGAACAAGACCACUUGUUCAAAACAGACGGUGACGCUCCUAUUACGAGUGCACCAGAAUCAACACCCACCAGAGGCUGCUGUUCCCUCUUUUAUUUGAUUGUUCUGAGACUUUUCUGCCUUACAAGCAGGGAAAGUCUUAGAGCAGUCAACACGAUCAAAAUCAAGACGACAUCCCCACUCAGCUACCUGCUCCAGGCCGCAAUGGGCCAGUGUUCAACACUGCCCGAGGCCCGGAACUCCUCGGCGGCGAGGCACGAUGGCUCAGGCCAGGUCCACCGCGACAACAGCAGUCGGCAGCGGCUCAAAGAGGAUGGGAGAACCGAAAGCCUAGAUUUUAACAAGUUGACCACGUUGUCCAACGAAAACAUGAAGAACACGGAUCAGCGAAAGCUUCAUGUUUCCGUCCCGGCCAAUGGGGAACACGAGUUUGCCAAGUUUCCGCAGAUGGACACCAACCAGCCUCAGGCGAGGGAUCCGGACGGACAGACUGAUGGAAUGGUCGAACCCAUGGAUGUUGAUCAGAGAGACGUUUCCCAGCCCAUUGUCUUGCCACCCCCACCCGAGAAUGCUGUUCGAGCCCGAUGCUACAAACUGAAUCUGGAUUCAGAGAUGGCUGGAUUGACUGGAAACAAGAGUCCUCACGUUUGCCUGGGACCUUUUGCGGAGCCACCCCCUCCUCUCACCUAUAGCAGUAGCGAUGACUCUGCUGUCAGUGCGUCGGGUACCAACGUAGCCAUCCAGACUGCCCAGAUCUUUAGGGGCAUUACCAUUAGCAAGGACGGAACGAUUCUGUCUCAAAAUGCACGAGCGACCCGAAGCAACCGUGGAAACAAGACCAAGAGAGGAGAAAAGUCUCGUCAAGCGGCAAAGAUCGACAAGGCAAAGGAUUUGGUGGAAGAAGCGGUCAUGACAGGAAAGGACGCAGAAUCGAACGAGCCAGCAAACAUGGUCUCAUUGGUUAUCAUAGGGGCAUACGACGACAUGAAACACCUCGUACGUGAUGGCUCCAAGAAGCUUCGAGAAGCUGAAGGCAUGCCCGAUGACACUCUUCUGGCUGUAAACAGACCCCGCAGUGGUCACAGUCAGGGCAUGGUUAGUCCCAAGCAAAGGGUACCUCCAUCUUCGAGCCAGAGAAAUAGUGCUGCUCAGGAUUUGAGGUCCCGCAAUGGAUUGCCUCAAAGUGCUCCUCCCAAGUUGAAGAGUAACCCACGAGACCGACCCAAAGUUCGAAGAGGCGACGAGAAGCCUAGACGAAGCGGUUUUGUUACCGACUCUUGCAACGACAUGAUGGAUACGAAUCCUCAAGGAACGAACGGUGAUGGUGACUGGCGAGAUGCCCUGGGAUUCUCCAGAGGUUUUCAUUCGAUUUGGAACUGUGGUGGCACUGAAGAAGCAGGAGCUGUCAGCCCUACUCAAGUGUGCAGUCCCAAGGAUGGCACUAAACCUCAAGAAGGUGUGAAUCCGCAUCAUCAACACCCACAACAACCGGUAUAUGAAGGUCGCGACUCCGCUCUUGGGCAUUUAAGAGAAGGGGAAGUCUCUGCCCGGGCAAACUAAACAAUGGACGGACCGACGCUACCGGCAUCAGUUUUACAAAACAACUUUUCGUGUUAAACAAAACACUUUUAUAACUUGUUUUUAUGAUUUGGAAAUGGCUAGCUAAGAGUAGCAAAUUCCCAAGAGACCAUUCACUGGCGAGAAUACGAUUUAUUCAGGGGUUUGGGGCUUCCAAAAGUCUGGAUCUGGAUGGCAUCAUCAUUGCAACAACAAAAUUGGGCGGGCCAAACUUCAAUUCUUGCACUAAAUUCUUAUUGUAACUUUCACAUUACCCCAUCACAGGCACAUCCACACACCUCUAAUACACAGUAUCCAUCCAUUUAUUUUGCCAUAGCCACUUGAGCGUGAGAUCGAAUCCGCUUCGCUUCCGCUUUGGCUUCCAGUUUCGAUGCAACUACUGAAAAGUCGACCUUGCCUUCUGCCUGCUCGGUACCUCCCCUUUUCCAUGCAACGUCGAGACUGCUUUUGUCGCGUUUUGCUGUUCCGUGCUGUGAUCCAGAUACACUGCUCCUUCUCUGACGCAACUUUUCGUCGCGUUUUGCUGUUCCGUGCAGCGCUCCAGAUACACUGCUCCUUCUCU